AGAAUAUAUAGAAUACAACCUUCCCCACUUAAUUUCUCGUACAAAAUGAAAAAAAUCAGAUAUUGUCCAAAAAUAACACGUAGGAAUUAAUUUUUUUAAAAAAAUACAUAGGAAAAUCUGAUUUCCUCAUUAUUAUAUCCAAAAACCUAACCCCCGGCAUCAUCACUAUCCUCAACUUCAGUUCUCCUUGAAUGGCAAGCCUUUUCUCCUCGCCUCUGAAUUCUCGCUCCAUCUCUCUUCUCCUCAACGUCUUCUUCAUCUUCCUCAUCUAUCUCCACUUCGUUCCUCAUUCUCUCCGCGGCCAAAAUCAAGCAGUUUUAGUCCUCAAAACCCAGAAUUCUCUCUCUGGCGACGGCUGCGGCGGCGGACUCGCCGGUCUCUCCGACCACUGGUCGAAGUGUUCUUAUGUUAGAACUCAAUCUGAUUGUCGACCACAGGGUUACAUAGACUAUCUUGGCAUAUUUUACUGCGUUUUCGGGAAUUCCCCUGUUCUGGGUCAUCUUGUUCUUACGAGCUGGUUGUUUGCUCUGUUUUACUUGCUGGGCGAUACAGCAGCGAGUUACUUCUGUCCAUCUUUGGACAGUUUAUCCAAGUUCUUGAAACUGUCUCCGACCAUCUCUGGCGUCACGCUUCUCUCUCUCGGAAACGGAGCUCCGGACGUUUUCUCGAGCGUCGCCUCCUUCGCGAGGUCCAACAAUGGCGAUUUCGGGCUGAAUUCUGUCUUGGGCGGCGCCUUUUUCGUCUCCAGUUUCGUUGUCGGGACGAUAUGUGUGUUGAUUGGAUCCCGAGAUGUUUCCAUAGACAAAAGCAGCUUCAUCCGAGACGUUGUGUUUCUUCUGAUCUCUCUAGGUUGUCUCUGCUUGAUCAUCUUCUUCGGCGAAGUAACCAUCUGGGUUGCUCUCUGUUACGUUUCCAUUUACUUCAUCUAUGUAGGGUUCUUGUCGGUCUCACAUUUCUUCGACAGCAAGAAACUCAAGCCCGAGUUGAUUCAGAGGAGCAAGGAGGAAUUAGCUGAAAUGGGCAUUCCGUUACUCGGCUACGUCGAUGACGAGAAACCGGUUUCGCCCAAGAAAACAGCUCAUGCACCCGGGAUUCAAGAACAAGAAUUCAAGAUCCUGAAUCUUGAUCACCCGCCAAGAAAGUCUAGAUCUUGCCUCUCGGUGUCGCUUAAUAUCUUAGGACUGCCGUUAUAUCUCCCGAGGAGACUGACGAUUCCCAUAGUCGGGGAAGAAAGAUGGUCGAGACCCUGUGCAGUGGCAUCCACGGCCCUUGCGCCGGUUCUACUGACGGAACUCUACAGUUCCAUGAACAGCCGGUCGAGAAACAUCAACCUAUACGUAAUAUCGGGAUCAAUCGGAUUGGUGUUCGGCAUCAUAGCAUUCCUAACCACGGAAAGAGCCAAGCCGCCGAAGAAAUUCUCGCUGGUUUGGCUUCUGGGAGGGUUCACAAUGAGUGUGACGUGGACGUACAUCGUAGCGCAAGAACUGGUCGCUUUGCUAGUCUCGUUAGGGAACAUCUUUGGGAUAAGCCCUUCAGUAUUAGGGCUGACCGUCCUUGCAUGGGGCAACUCUCUAGGCGACCUAAUCGCCAACGUAACAGUAGCCAUGCACGGCGGAAUGGACGGAGCUCAGGUGGCACUGUCCGGCUGCUACGCAGGGCCGCUGUUCAACACCGUGAUUGGACUGGGGGUGCCACUUGUCAUGUCCUCAUUGGCCGAAUAUCCGAGGGCGUAUACAAUGCCAAAGGACGACACGUUGCUCGAGACACUAGGGUUCUUGAUGGUGGGAUUGCUUUGGGCAGUUGUGAUAGUGCCAAAGAAGAAAAUGAGAUUGGACAAGCUUGUUGGUGGAGGUUUGGUCGCUAUCUAUCUUUGCUUUCUCUUCUUGAGAUUGGCGAGGGUUUUCGGAGCCAUUGAUAUCGACCGAUGAAUUAAUAUGCAAUUUUUUUUUCUCGAUUGAAUGAUACAAAUUAUAUGUAUAUGAAUGAAUAUGCAGUCCAUAAAGACGGCUUUUUUUUUUCUCUUUUGUUUUUUUUUUGAAAUAAUAAUGAUGAUUAUGAACAAGAUGGCGUGAGUAUCAUAUCAUUGUCCUUUUGCGACAUGUGUGGAUAGAGAGCUCGACGUUUGUUGUGUUACGAAACAUGUCGAACUCAAAGCUAUGUAUCGACUUCGAAACAUUGGAGAGGUUCAAUUCAUUGGUUCAUGGACCCUACGUAAUAA